AUGAAGUGGGCGUCUUGGCGCCUCAUUGGGCUCUGGGGCCUCGAGGCAUGUCUUUUGUCGGGCAGAGCUCGAGGCGAAGCGGCGUCAUGUUCGACAAACACCAUUGUCAACUACCAGCCCCUCGAGGUGAGCUGCCAAGGAUCCAAGUACACCCUGACGGGGGCAUACACCACCACGACAUGCCUGCCGGUCACCUACGUCACCGUCACGACCGCCGGGGACGGCGCCGUGGCCACCACCGUGACGCUGCAGCCCAGCGGCACAGCGCCCGGCACCGUCCUCAUCCAGUCCCCCGCGGCCAGCGCCGCCGCCUGCAGCUCCGGGUGCAGCCUGCCCGCCCAGCUCAUCGACUUCCGGUUCUACGGGUGCGCAGCGUCCUCCGCCGGGUUUCCCACCUUCACCAUAGUAUCGUCGAGCAGCUCGAUGGAUCUCGGCAUGUGCGCUUCUCUGUGCACGACCCGCUACAUGGGUGUCUACAACAGCAACUGCUACUGCGGAAACGCGCUGGAUGCGUCACUCACGGUAGGCGGCAGCAACCAGUGCGCCUGCAACUCGGCGUGUCCCGGCAACGCGAACCAGUGCUGCGGCGGCCAGGCGAUCCUGAACUUGCAGAGGAGAUACGUUGGCCGCUUGAGGCGCCAGUCGGCCGCGCUGGCCAACAUUGCCAUGUCCCUGUAUCAGCGUAGCGGCGCCGGCAACAACACCACGACGGGGACAACAACGACCGGUUCCUCGCAGCCGAGCACCUACACGACGGUAACCCAGCCGUACAGCGGGUCUCUGACGGCUCCGACCAACGCUUCCUCCGACCCGGUCACCUUACAUGACCCUUAUCCCAGCUCGCAGGCGACCUCUGGCCCAGUCACUAUAUACCUCAGCUCGCAAGCGUCCUCCGGCCCAAUCACCUUACAUGACCCUUAUCCCAGCUCUCAGGCUUCCUCCGACCCAAUCACCAUACAUGAGCCUUAUCCCAGCUCUCAGGCUUCCUCCGACCCGGUCACCUUACAUGACCCUUAUCCCAGCUCGCAGGCGACCUCUGGCCCAGUCACUAUAUACCUCAGCUCGCAAGCGUCCUCCGGCCCAAUCACCUUACAUGACCCUUAUCCCAGCUCUCAGGCUUCCUCCGACCCAAUCACCAUACAUGAGCCUUAUCCCAGCUCUCAGGCUUCCUCCGACCCGGUCACCUUACAUGACCCUUAUCCCAGCUCGCAGGCGACCUCUGGCCCAGUCACUAUAUACCUCAGCUCGCAAGCGUCCUCCGGCCCAAUCACCUUACAUGACCCUUAUCCCAGCUCUCAGGCUUCCUCCGACCCAAUCACCAUAUAUGACCCUUAUCCCAGCUCUCAGGCUUCCUCCGACCCGGUCACCAUACAUGAGCCUUAUCCCAGCUCUCAGGCUUCCUCCGACCCGGUCACCUUACAUGACCCUUAUCCCAGCUCUCAGGCUUCUACGGAUUCGUCAAGCAGCUUCAUCCCAUUUGCUACAACUAUUGCAGUAUCUCUUCGAAGUGAGCCAAGUGUUUUAUUUGGCCCGCUUGUUCCAUCGACAACUACUACGGAUGCCCCCAGUGACACGACGUCGGACCCGGCCCCGUCGGCCACGUAA